AUGGAACUUUCUGGCACAGUAUACCAAAACACACGAAUAAUCAUUACUUCUGGUGGUAACCCAAUCGGGAAUAUCAACAUUCUUCUGCACGCUAACAUUGUUCCCAAGACUGCCAAUAACUUUCUCCAGUUGUGUACUGGCAGUAAGGGUUUUGGCUACGUGGGUAGCCCAUUCCAUCGCGUAAUUCCCAGCUUUAUGGUGCGGGGCGGUGCCUUUAUAAAUCGGGAUGGUACUUGUGGCAAAUCAAUUAAUGGCACACUAUUUGAAGAUGAAAACUUUAUUCUCAAGCACGAUGGUCCAGGCACUGUGGCUAUUGCAAAUGCUGGCCCAAAUACCAAUUGGCUCUCAAGAAUUGAGGCAUAUGGCAGCCAGUCAGGUGGUACCAGUAAACAUGUCAUUAUAUCUGACUGCCGCCAGCUCUCUUAAGAUUUCCUUAUUUUUCCUUGUUUUUGUUUUAUUUGAGGUCCAACUUCAUAUAAUGAUUACUUUAUAACUUAUUUUGCAGCAGUCGCUGCACACAUUAGUUAGUUGGAGUGUGCCAAUUGCAACCUAGGCCAGAUAUCAGGGUGAUACUAAUUAUUUUACUUUUCGUAUAAAACUGUUGAAUUCUAUAUUUAAUAAAAAUAAGCCUCUCUUUGCUCAA